GUUAAAAUGUAAAAUUGUAACUUAAAAUAAAUGUACACCCGGUAUAACGAGUUUCAGAUGGUGCUGAAACUCGAGAACGGUAUACAAGUAAAUAUAUAUAUACAACAGUAUAGGACGUGAGAGGAACUGCAAGUAAAAUAAAAGUUAGUACAGUAUUAGUGUAAUUACAUAUAUACGUCAUUUUGACAAUAAGUUUUGACAAAUAUUCUAUUAUUGAAAAAAAUAUUUAAAAAGACAGGUUGCAUAACAAUUAUUAUUUUAUAACACUGUGAGAGGCUGCUUAAUAACUAAAACCAUCACUCGCUAUUCGCAUACACAUGCAUGGAUGAUCAUAGCACAUAGCAGCUAUAUGUACUAGCUAGAUGACGAAAAUAAAAUAUUAAAAGCAGAGUUAGAGCACACUAAAGACACAUAAUGCCUGGCGAACCACCAACAUCCACUGGCACUAAAUCCAGUAGCAAAGUCAAACGUAUAUCAAUACCCAGGGUACAAAGCAGUACGGACACCGAAUUACAGUCUCAACUAAGUCAAAGUGGCUCGACACCGCUCCAACCCAUGGCUUUUCAUCACCUGAACUUUCGAACAGACUUUGAGGAUAGUUCAAUACCUCCUGCCGUACACUCACGUUUGUUUGAUCUAUUUCAACAAAUCCACAAAGAAUUUGAGAUGGUCUACCUGGAGAACAUCGGGUUACAAGAGAAAAUUGAUGCUUUGAACGAAAGGCUUGAGCGUGAAUGCUACGGAUCGGGUGAACGCAGUCUACCACCAGGUGAUUUCCAAGACUACUCUGAUUAUUCCAAAAAUCCAUUUAAACCAAAGAGCACUCCUAGUUCUGCUCAAAAAAUAAAAGCUUCACAUAAACUGAAAGCCCAAACCAGUAAAAUAGUAUCUAGUUUUAAAAAUCCAACAAUGACUUGUACAAUGCAUCGCCAGUAUGCAGGACACAAAGAUGGUGUGUGGGAAAUAAGUGUCGGACGUCCUGGCCAACCGAUUAUAGCAACAGCAUCGGCAGAUCAUACGGCACGUGUUAUUGCUAUGGACAGUGGACGUUGUUUACUUCAGUAUAUCGGUCACAGUGGUUCCGUUAAUUCAAUUCGUUUUCACCCAACAAUAGAUCUAGCACUUACAGCUAGUGGAGAUUGUACAGCUCACAUUUGGCAAGCAGCUGUCAAUUGGGAUGUUGCUAAACGACAAUCAUCAUCUGAGGAUUUGUCUGCUGAUCGCACGCCAACAAAUGCUUCUUGUCAUGGUGAUGACAAUGAAGAUUUACCAACACUGAGAACACCAGUUCGAGAACUAUUGGGACAUUCUGGAGUUGUUAUGGCUGCUGACUGGCUACCAGGUGCUGACCAACUUGUUACAGCUUCCUGGGACAGAACUGCUAAUCUUUAUGACACUGAAACUGGUGAAGUCAUUCACACUUUGUGUGGACAUGAUCAAGAAUUAACGUAUGUGUCCACUCAUCAUGCGCAACGGUUGUGCGUUACUGCAAGUCGUGAUAGCACAUUCCGACUUUGGGAUUUUAGAGAACCUAUUCAUUCUGUAUCCGUCUUUCAAGGACACACCGAAGCUGUAACAUCAGCAGUUUUUACGAGAGAAGAUAAAAUAGUCUCUGGUUCAGAUGAUCGAAGUGUAAAGGUUUGGGAACUACGUAAUAUAAGAAGUCCUCUAGCAACAAUUCGUGGUGACAGUGCAGCUAAUCGUUUAGCAGUAUCCAGUAAUGGAGUAGUUGCUAUUCCUCAUGAUAAUCGACAAAUUCGUUUAUUUGACCUUAGUGGACAAAGACUUGCUCGGCUUCCAAGAACUAGUAGACGAGGCCAUCGGCGAAUGGUGUGCGCAGUAGCAUGGGCAGAAGAGCCAGGCUCUAUUUGUAAUUUAUUUUCAUGUGGUUUUGAUCGACUCGUAUUGGGCUGGAAUGUUCUUCCAUUUAAAGAUGUUUAAAUAUAUAUAUAUAUAUGAUAUAGAUAUAGAUAUAUUUCCAAAUUUAAUACUGUCGAUUAAACAACUAACAAUAUUAUGUAACAUCAUCAGUUUCUGUAGUAUUUGUAAUUAUUAAUGGAAACCAAGAAAUCAAAUUGGAUACAUAAUUGUAUGCUAUUAAUCCACUAGAUAAUCCAAUUAAUGAUCCAGUCCUUCCACUCUCGCAGAUUACUGUGGGACAUAAAUAAUUUUCAAAUAGUUCGUCAUAAUAUUGUAAAAAAAUUAUGAAAGAAUUUCAUUAAAAGAAAAAAACAAAAUAAUAAAAUCAAAUGAAUUAUGCAAUAUCUAAAACAAUAGAUUAUAAUUGACGCAUAUUUUUGGACUUUAUAAUUGUUAAAAAUUUAAUGUAACUUAUUUGUUACGAUUUUUCAAUGACCUAAUAAAAAUUAUAAAUUAAUACUUGCAAA